GGCAACCAUGUUUUGUGUAUUACGUCAUCGCCAGGAACCAAAACAUUGUUGGGCAACGUCACUGCACUUUAGUCCACCGCUUCUCAUCUGCUUUUACAAACCAUCAGGCAUCGGCCACACCUGACAAAAAACACCGUGGGCUGGUGCCCGAACAAAUAUCAUUACGUCUGACUUAACUACGAGCGAACAGCUCAGCUACGCCUCGUGAAAGAAAAACGAGCGAUAACAAGCUUGUCCGUAUUAAAACAAAAAACAAAACAAGAAACGCAGCUCUUAAUUCUGUUAUACAUUUCAAUAGUAAUAACACUGUAUGUGUGAUGUACGUGGGACUCAUGACGUCGACUUAUGUACUAGUACGUGCGACCGUUCAAGUUUGUUUGUUUUUUUUUCUUUUUGACAAUUACUACACAUUAGAGGUGGUCAUUAGCACCAGUAUUAACUCAGGGGUGAGAAGUAAACCCCAUUACUGGACAGAUACGAAGCUGGCCGUUCGCUCAGCAGCGGAUGUUGUCUUCGGAGCGCACAGGCUUGUGGGUAAUAUAAGGUGCAUGCACACGCGGGACUGGAGGGGAGAAAAUAGCUUCCGCAGUUCCGUCAGCUGGCGAGGGUAAAUGUUUUGUAAGCGCGCACUGUUGGCAUGUUGAACGCUUGUCUGUGUCGCGUCCCGCAAGAGUAACAAGGUAACUACGCCGGUGCUGCUCGUCCAGUCCCCUGACAAAAGGCACAGCAUGAGUCUGAACGAGCAUUCACUGCAAGCACUGUCCUGGAGAAAGCUGUACCUGAGUCGGGCUAAACUGAAGGCUUCUAGUCGCACGUCAGCACUGCUUUCUGGAUUUGCUAUGGUGGCUAUGGUAGAAGUGCAGCUGGACAACAGCUAUCCCUAUCCACCUGCUCUCCUUAUCGCUUUCAGUGCCUGCACCACUGUCCUCGUGGCGGUUCACCUGUUCGCUCUGAUGGUCAGCACCUGCAUUUUGCCCAACAUAGAGGCUGUCAGCAAUGUCCACAACCUCAACUCUGUGAAGGAGUCUCCGCAUGAGCGAAUGCACCGACACAUUGAACUGGCGUGGGCUUUUUCUACAGUCAUUGGUACUUUGCUCUUCCUAGCUGAGGUGGUUCUCCUCUGCUGGGUCAAAUUUUUGCCCAUUAAACCCAACAAGUCCAACAAUAAUACAGUUUCAUCAGGUGUGGCUGCUGCCAUUACUUCCACCUCUAUCAUGGUCCCCUUUGGUUUAGUCUUCAUAGUCUUUGCCGUGCAUUUCUACCGCUCCUUGGUCAGCCACAAGACUGACAGACAGUUUCAGGAGCUGGAGGAGCUAUCUAACCUCACCAGGCUUCAAAACGAGCUAGACAACAGAGGGGAAUCUUCCAUCUUGCAGUCUCCAAGCUCACAUUUCCCAUAGACAAGUAUGGAGGAUACAAAUCUGUGGUGGAACUCUGACUCCUUGGGAUUUCCCCCAAGCCAGAAGCCACAUUAUUGGUUUCUAAUUUUUUUUACAGGAAUGAAGAUAUAUAUUGCACCAUUUUGUUGUGAAAUUUACUUUUGUGAAAAUAAUUGUAUUUACGGAAGACAUGUUUGAUCAACUAUGAACUCACAUCUGCCAUAAUGCAUGUAACUUGAAAUUGGAACUUCUUAACUGUGAUAGUUGCUUAAUUUAUCUCUCACAUUAUGGCAGAGACAAUGGAAACAAUAACUUGGAAUCCUGUCUUUUGCCUGCUGCAUUUAUUUAUCCAUUUGUCAGUGAACACUGUAAUUGUUAAUAUAUAUUACCUUGUUGUGUUUUGUGAA